ACUGUACGCACAUCCUCCCUCUCUCUCUCUUCUCUCUUUCUCUAUCCAGUUUAGAAGAACACGAAGAACUCGAGUGAAGGUAGUUCAGGUGUGUGUGCGUACAAGAGUAGUAUCGCCAGCGUUUCACAGAGACAACCCAGUCCAGCAGCCAAUGCUUCAUUAGUCGCAAUCCGCGCUCGAACACCAUUCUGGCGGGUUGGUUCUUAGACGGUCCUCGCGCUUCUCUCUUAACUCAGUCUGCCUAUCCAUUUCAUCGGCACUAUAUCGUUGACAGGCUAUAUCUCUGCCCCGUCUUAGCUAUUCGAUCCGGAAAAGUUUUCUACAGAGUGCUGUUAUCAUCUCCCGUCUAAAACGACCAAUAAUGGCGAGUCCUUUCCAAUCGGGCUCCAGGAGUUGGUGGAUGGCCAUGGUCGUGAUGGCCGUCGUUUGCGGAACGAUGGCUGCACCGCAAGAGGAUAGGCGCAAAAUCAAAGUGAGCGCUAGUUUCAGCGGACAAUCCGACCCAGAUUCUAGCGGAAAGAGCCGAGCUCUCUCGCAGUUUGAAGAACCUCUUAUCAUCACCGAACCGCUGCCAGGACAAGAGUUCGUGUUCAUCUCAGCGAACCCACGUCAGUCUCAGGCCGCUGGCGGCCGGACAGCCAGAGUCAACCCAAUUCCAGCUCAACUGCCAUCCGUCAGGAUUGAGAGCAGCGGAUCUGGCACAAUUCUCGAAGACGGAAUUCUCAUCGCUGAACACCUUGGCGAAUCUAAUCGGGCCGCCCGUCUGUUAGACGAGCCUUCGGCUGAACCAACUUUUCCAGUUGAAGAGGCUGAUACUAGAAGCUGGACUCCCCUUUCUCUUCCAGAGCUUCUGACAGGCCCCGCCAUCGUUCGUGAACAAGAGCCGGUGUCUUCUAUUCAAAGUAACGUGAGCCCUAAAACCGAAGAGGCCCGAUCGCUAUCUGCGGUCCCGGUUGCUGAACAAUUUUCGUUCCAAGAUGCAGUCGAUGUAGCCCCCCAAUCCGGAAACACUGAACAGGUUGCCAAUCCAGCGGUGGUCGAAGAAAGCGCCCGUCAAAGUAAAGCCAUUGAAGGUGUUAGCCAAGACGACGAUAAUCUCAUUGCAGCCGAGUCCGUCUCACGACGCACCGUCAUAAAAACUGCCCCUAAUGGUCAGGACUACGAGUAUGAGUACCUCUAUUACGACGGAAUCGACGUCGAUGAAGCGAAUGCAACCACUUCGGCCGUUUCACUUCAAGAGCCCACUUUGUUUUCCAAUGACCAGGAAAACGUGAACGCUUCGCCAAUCGAGACAAACGCGGCCGACAACAAACUUUCAUCGGGCGUUCAACUCCCGUUUUCAGUGGAAGAGGAAUUGAGCGUGACGACUGAAUCAGACCUUGUCGAAGUACAAGAAAUUCCCCACGUGGCCCAGGUGGCCUUCCAGGUAGGCGACAUCACCGACAACGUAAACGUCGAAUCUUUUGAUGCCGUCACAACGGAAGAUGUUAUUGCUGUUACUGAAGAGGCAACAACAACCACGACCACAACUACCACCCCGGCUCCGACCACAACAACUACAGCUACGACGGUGGCUUCUAGACGUCGUCGACCUACCGCAAUCGCUUCGACUGAGGUAACAAUGCGUCCGUCAUUGACCAGACUUACACCUCUACGAAGAGGUAACACUCCCGCAGUGACUGAAGAGCCAAUCAUUACAACUACGGAAAGCAAAAGGAUUCGCGGCAAGAAUCGUUUCUCCUCCGAUUCAAUUCGUGGAACAUCGGCACUCAACCAGGUAGCCACAGAGAGCAAUACUGAAGGAUCGGAUGGCAUUCGUAGACCUCUCCGUCCGAGGAUCCGCCCAUCGACAUCGAGCACUCUAGAGAACCGUGCCGGCUUGGCCGAAGUUCGCUUCGAAGACUUGGAAGGUGAAAUUGCAGAUGCCAAUGCAGCUGACAUCGCUAAUGAUGAUUCUUUGGGAGCUAUUUUAGAUCACGAUGGACUUGAUUUCAGUCGUCAGAGUCAAGCAGUCGAUCAGUUCCCAAUCAACGGACGCAAUCCAGAACAUUUGCAAGAGGAGCAAGAAGCCGGCGAUUUCUUUGUGCAGGAACGUACACCUCUACGGGUCGUGGAGAGCGAUUCAUUCCGCAAUACGGGCAGCCAAGGAUCGGCUGGCGAACAACCCGUUUCAGUUGGAAGAUUGACUGUUAUUUCCGGCCCUGCCAGACUGCCAACACCUUUGGUCGUUGAACAAUUCGAGGACAUCGCAGAGCAAGAAGAGAUUGUGAGGCCAACGGUUGCUCCAGUGAAAGACUUGGUCGAAAGCACGCCGCAAAUUGCGGCUGGAUUCGAGGCCGAUAUCCCCGCUGCGGAACCGGAACAUUUUGUCGAUGAAAUCCACAACCAAGAAUUCGUAGAAGUUGACAAACACACGGAUGAUGCAUCUCCUUUCUCUUUGAAUCAUCCUUCUUUAAGCGAUCUGUUGGCAUUCUCCAAAGCCGCUGAACAACAGCAACAAGAUGACCAACCUAUCCAAAUCGUUCCGGCCGUAGGCUUUGAGGAAGUCCUGAUCGAAGAAGUUCUCCCUACCACUAUUGCCCCGAUUAUUCCAUCAGUAGCUGCUGCUGCUCCGCAAGUUCAUUCCUCGGACGACCAACUUGUGACGCAGCUCGUAGAAGACUUGGAAACCCCAGCUGUUCAACAAGUUCAAACUGAUGUCGCAGAUUUCGUGGAGGACGUCGUUACUACUCCGGAAUCUGUGGCCUUGUCCAUUGAGCCGGUUCAAACCGAAGUCGAUCCUGUUGUGGGUCUUACCUUUGCCAACGACGUUGAAAUUCCGCAGACAACUGACAGCGUCCUAGAAGCCGUUGAAAUUCCGAAUGCCGUUUCCGAUAACAUUGUGGAAACUUCGACAGCAGCGACCACCACUACAACCACUACCACAACUACCACUGUUGCAACGACUACGACACAAGAACCAACCACAACAGAAGCGCCAUCGUCGAGCGUUCGCGCUCCAUCGCGAUUCGGCAGCAACGCCAACCGUUUCAACAAUCGAAUCCGCAACCGCGUUCGUGGUGGGUCCGAUGACACACCUGCCAUUGCUAGCACAACAACAACAACAACAACAACAGCCGCUCCAGUGAAAAAGAAUACCUUCCGUCCGGCUGGAUCCCCAUUCAACCGUCUGCGACGACCUACAACUCCACCUACGGAUACGUUGAAAUCUACCUCAUCCGAAACGAUCGAUGCAGCUGUGGAAAUCACUGACACCAGUUCUCCUGCGUCUGUCGUCCCAUCCACCACUAGGAAGCCAUUGUCCAACAAUUUCCGCAAUCGUUUCCAAUUCCGACGCAACCAAACGGAAGCUGCCAAACCAGCAGAGUCGUCUGCUACUUCUGAAGAACCGAAAGUGGCUCUGCCGACAGUGAGACCAAAACCGAGUGGGACCAGUCAGUUGCAGAGCAACAGGAUUGCACCCCCGCGACCCAUGUCUUCCAUCCUGAAACGCGGCCGGUUCACAACGACCACCACCACCGAGGCAGCACCUGUUGUAGCCUCCGUCGACGAGACUAGCACCAAUGAAACUGUAUCGGAAACGGAACGAACCAGCGAGACCCAGGAGAAGCCAGAAGGUGAAGUAGUUGAAACUGCCGAUCCAGAAGUUGUUUCCGAGAAGGUCGCUGUUACCGUUGCCACUGAACCGACGACAACGACGACAACUCGAUCUGCAGGUCUGAAUCGUCUGAGAAAUCGUGUUUCUCUGCCUGUUAGCGAACGACCGAAAACCGUGCGAACUCAGGUAAGCCUCAGCGAUCGACGCAAUCGAUUCUCGGUGUUGUCCACCAAAAAAGCUGAAACCGAAGCCGAAACGUCCGAGACAAACGAAGAGAAAAAGGAGGAGACGCAGAAAGCUGUCGCUAACGAUGUUCAAGAAGAAGAGGUGACCGGUAACAAUGGCCAGGUGGUCGCUGCUGUUUCUGAAGGAUCGGCAGACAGCAGUCCAGGCAGCGAGAGUGGCGUCGAAGCGGUUGCCAGCGCCACCGAGGCACCGGUUUUCUCGAUACGAAAUCGCAGACCGAAUCGCAUACCGGGACAACUGGCUGCUCGUCGAACCUAAUCCAGUUAAGUCAGCCUUUAUCGCUCCCUCCUUCCGUCGACCCAUCCAAGUUGUCAGUGAUAUAUACCUGGAAAACAUAACGUCUUUUUUUCUAACAUUCGCAAUGAGAGCAAAGCAUAAACUUAGCCGACAGACCACAAUGUACACUCUUUUCUCUCUUUUGUUUUCUCAACAUCUGUGUGGAUUUUUGCUGUGCAGAACGGCAGACCAACGAGUGUUGCGUUAGGUCCAGGAGAAAACUGGACAGUUGCUAUCUCUUUAAUUUCUUGUUUUUUUGUUUUCUCUUAGUAUUUCUCACAUAUUUUUUUGCUAUUUUUUUUUUUUUCGUGUGUUUACCACGAUCAUUCUCAUUUUACACAGCCGGAUGGUAAGUAAAUAAUGGCCUUAUUAUUCUAGACGCCCAACAUCUGAAAUGAUGAUCGAGUGGUGGUGGCACAAUCGUCUUAACAGUGCGAAACAGUAGCAGUUGAAAUAGUAUCUGGAAACUCGUGGAAAAGGACGAUUUAGCCAUGCACCAACGUUCCCGUUUCGAUUGGCGAUCUUAACAUUAAAAACUAUCGAUUUUUCAUAUAUUUAUACUACCCUCUUCCUACUCUGUUAGAGUUUGUUUAGAACUGUCGUGUAAACAAGAUGGAUCUUUAUUUUGUAUUUUCAUUUUUUUUUUUUUACUUUUAAAACGAGACACAUUCCCAACCAGUUUCCGUGAAGCAAACGAUUCUUUCGGCUCAGUCGGCUGGGAUAUCAUAUAUUUGCAUCAUCAUCCCUGUAAAAGACAGCAUAUGUGUACCUAUUGAAAGAGCACACGGUUGGAACAGCAGGAUGUAUAUUUUCUCUGCGAUCCCGCGGAAAUGUUAUCUCAUGAGAAUUUUCGUUCGGUUCUUGUUUUUUUUUUUCCUUUUCUUUUAUCAUUCUGUUAGAAACCUCCGGCUACCAUAUUAUUCCCAACUCUAGUGUAAAUAACAUCUUUUUCUACCUUUUUUUUUUUUUUUUUAUUUUUCCCUGUCAAUACAAUAUUCUACUCUA